AUGAAGGAGGGACAGCUUAGAAACGCGGAUAACGAGGCAGCGAGAACAAGUCAAGCGAAGUCCCAACCCAGAACCAAAUACACCGAAAUCAACUUCUCGAUGCAGCACAAAUCCGGCGACAAGGGCUAUGCCCACUGCGGCUCGGUCGCUGUGUCCAUUGUCGGCAUCGUAUUCGGCAGCGCCAUUGUCAUCGUCGUCUGCUCCUUCAUCUACUGCCUGAUCAGGAGGCAGCUCAACCUGCGCGACAAGUAUGCCCGCUGCAACGGAAACUGCGAAUGCGAAGGCGCUUCUCGACCGCCCCCCACCCGAGUUCCUCGCCGCUCUCCUCCUGCGCCUGAACAAAACGAUGCUGUUGCCGGCCCGAGCGUUGAUCCUCCACCCUACCUGGGCGAUCAGAACGAGGAACGGCAUGGUUUGAUGAGCCAUAACGAUUAUAAUAAGUCGACCUAG